AUGACUAAUGACACUGGAUAUGAAGGCAAACGACAAGCUGAGCUAGAACAGUUGCGAAUGCAAAAUUUGGCCAAUAAACAGCAAGAACGCCCCGAGGAGAGGCGGAAUGAGGAGACUAUGGCCGCCGACAACAAGUCGGGUCAAAGCUGUCCACCAACGGUGGGAGACGGUGUGACUGGUGAACAAACAAAUACAACAGCGGGGUCUGAUAUGUCAGUUGAUUCAACUAUUGGAAUGCACAACUCCCCGGUUGAACCCCUAGCGGUAAUUGCACCUGACAAGUUGUCAUGGCAUCAAGAUGGAUAUGUCGGUGGAGGCUUGGAUUUGAGCCCAAGCACGUUGACUGGGUAUGAUAAGAUGAAUGAUUCAAUCACAACCUUUCUCCUUGACCCGGAAUUGGAUCUGCCACGGGAUAGCAGCACGCCCAAGUUAACCUCUAUUAAUCCCACGUCCGCCAGCACCCCUCAAGCCCGCAGCAAUCCACUUCUGCACCAGGAGAGCGCUAUACGAACCACACGAUCAAAAUUCGAAGUCCACCAGAGAGUCUGUAAGGCUCAGGCGACAAAUUGCGGAGUGAUUCGACAUCAGUGUAAGGAAGGGCUGCCCACUGUUCGAAUGAACGUUCCCACGAACCUGUCGGCCAUGAUGGAGAUAUGGGACAAUGGCAGCCUGCUACACAAAUACAGCUCAGAAAGCCAGGGCAAGACAGCCCUCCACAUAAGUGCCGAGCGUGGCGACGUUGGAAUUGUGCAGUUUCUCCUUAUUCAAGGGGUAGACGUCAAUUGCGCAGACGGGUGGGGACGUACUGCAUUGCAUUAUGCGGUACGAGCUGCGCAUGUUGAUAUUGUCACGCAGUUGCUUGCAGCGGGCGCCGAAAUCGGGGCUCGCGAUCAUCAUGGCCAAAGCCCACUGCAUGUCGCAGUGGAUGUGGGUUCCGAGGUGAUCGUGCGACUGCUAGCAGACGAGGGCGCAGACCUCAAUGCCCCCAUCGAUAUCCCAAACCAUAUACGUGAGGGAGCGUGA